AUAAUAGUUCAGUUGUUAAACUCGAUACAGGAGCUGAUACAAGAGUUAAGAAAUCGAGGUGCUCUUUCUCUGUGUUUAUAGUGUGACUGGGAAGUGGGUAAUUGGUUUUCUUCAUACACUAAAUGGGAAUGUUUUAUCAAAUGCAUAGCAUUGUUACUUUAGAUAGUGUCUGUGUAAUGUAAAUCUCUAGAGAGGAAAAGGCAGCAACUUGCAGAUGGUUCGACACAGGAAGAUGCUACUGUGAUAUUAAAGGUUAACUAGAGGAAACAUGCCAUAAAAAUGGAGCUAGAUUGAAAGGAACUGCAAUGUCUGCUGUCAUCUCAGACAGUCCUCCAAACCCAAGCUGCAAAAUCAUGACUUUUAGGCCUUCGAUGGAUGAAUUCAGGGAGUUCAACAAAUACUUAGUGUACAUGGAAUCACAAGGUGCUCAUAGGGCUGGAGUUGCAAAGGUUAUCCCACCAAAAGAGUGGAAGCCAAGAAAACAUUAUGAUGAUAUUGAAGAUUUGGUGAUCCCUGCUCCAAUUCAGCAGAUGGUCACUGGCCAGUCGGGGCUAUUCACACAGUAUAACAUUCAGAAAAAGCCAAUGACAGUAAAGGAGUUCAAGCAACUGGCCAACAGUACCAGAUACUGCACCCCAAGAUACAUAGAUUAUGAAGAUCUGGAGCGUAAAUACUGGAGGAACUUGACUUUUGUGGCACCAAUUUACGGAGCAGAUAUCAAUGGGAGCAUUUAUGAUGAAGGUAUUGAGGAAUGGAAUAUUGCCCAUCUUAACACAAUAUUGGAUGUUGUAGAAGAAGAAUGUGGAAUUUCUAUUGAAGGUGUAAAUACUCCAUAUCUUUAUUUUGGGAUGUGGAAAACAACAUUUGCAUGGCACACAGAAGACAUGGAUCUCUACAGUAUUAAUUACCUCCAUUUCGGGGAGCCCAAGUCAUGGCAAGUAAAAAUUAUUAUGAAAGAUUAUUUCAUUUAUCUGUUUGUUUCACCUGCCUAAACAAAACAGAUGUGGUACAGUUGCUU